AGUGGUGACGCGUGGCUCCAGCAGAAGGCAGUUGGUCACUAGAGCUACCUGGUGAAAGGUGGCGUGCGCGGAGACCCUCAAGAAACACACCUGUACACACACACACACGCACACACGCACACACCAGCCGCCCCCCUGAAGGUUAAGCUUGAAAUACCUGAAGACUCAUAGCGUUUUCUGAGGUCUUUGCCACCCGGGUCAGUAUGAAGUCCGUGGUGUUGGUGUUGGUGCUGGUGGUGGUGCUUGUAGGAGUCGCCGAAGGAGGGACGUGCCCGAAAUACCCAAUCAUCCGGGACUUCGACUUCCAGAGGUAUAUGGGGCUAUGGUACCAGCAGGACAAGAGACAGGCCAGCUGGGAGGCGCCGGGAAGAUGCUGGCGGACGCUCUACUCCAGGGAUCGGAAGAACGGCCAGUUUAAGAUGAAAAUGAUCUUUGAGUCUACGCUGACUAACCGCGUGGAGAGAUAUGACUCACAGCUGACUCUACAGGGACCAGCGAAGCCUUCCCUCAUCAAAUACUCCAUCCCCCUCACCUUUAUGGAGGACGAGUUUCAAGUAUUGGCGACGGAUUAUGAAAGCUUCGCCCUCGAGUACAAGUGCGACCCCAAUGGCAUCCUGGAGAAACAGGAGUCCAUUUGGCUGCUAACCCGUGAGAAGACUCCCUCCCCUCUGGUCCUGCAACGCGCCUACGCCAUCAUGCACCACCUCGGCAUCGACAUCCGCAAACUGGAACGCGUCGACCAGACCUGCGGAGGCAUUGACCUCGUCCCCGCCAGUGUGCCCACGCCCGCCUUCUUCGACUACGACUACUACGACAACGAGGCCGUGGCCCCCGCCCCCGGCCAGGCACAAGAGAACGUCAGAAGGCAGCACCAGUAUGAGUAUGACUACGCUGACGAGUACCCGGACACACGAGGUCACCAGCAUCAAGGGGGAGCACCUGGGGGUCACCUGGCAACAUCCGAGAGUCAGCAGCAUGAGCAGGGUCAGCAGGGAUGGCAGCCGUCUAACUUCUUCGCCGUGUCCUACCCCUCACACCCCUCCGACACGCCCGUCCGACACCGUGUCCGCCCGUACAGGUAUAGGCACCAGGUGGGGGCCCGGCGGAAGGGUAGUGUUGCAGGGGGAGCAGGGGACGAGAGGCUCACCCUGGGGCAGUCCCUCGCCACAAGACUCUGGCACGUACUUCACACGCCUAUCAAAAAGUGAGGAACCAAGUGACCUGCUUCAACUUAUCCACGCUACGAGCUCUUAAACUAAUGCCUCCACCACCUCACUGACCUUCAUACGCAAGAAAGGUCAAAACUACCCCUAUGAGCUCUAAACUACUGCCUCCAUCACCGAGUUGACCUCUAUAAUGCAAGAAAGGUCACAACUACGCCUACCAGCUCUUAACUAAUGCCUCCAUCACCUCACUGACCUCCAUCCGCAAGAAAGAUCCUUCCUUCACUUCAUUAGCACAGUCGCCAGUAAGAAAGGUCACAAGAACGAACCAAGAACACCGUCACCACUUAAAUAACGAAAAAAAGGUCACAAGAGCAUCCCAAGAACACAUUAUCCUUCUCAUCCUUCCAUUGCACACCUUCGUUAGCUGUAGACACGUGAAGGAUUUCUAUGUGAAUAUCCUACAAGCACUCUACACUAAAGCCUCCACCACCUAGUAAUGUAAGGUCACAGGAACACCACAAGAACACAAGAUCAUCCUCCUUCAUCCACGGCACAGGAACACUACAAGAACACGAUAUAAUCCUCCUCCUUCAUCAUAAGAAAGACAACACGAAUAUCCUUACACAAGAGAACGAGCACAUCUUCCCUCAUGCUUCUACACAGCCUCCACUAUACAAAUAACAAAGAAAAAAAGAACAAACUAGUUAACAUGCAAAACUGUGUCCACUCACCCCACGGCUUCUGCAGAUCCUUCCUUUCCUCUCUCUCAUCAGUAGCAUGCACCGGAGCUAGGAUAUGGGAGGGCAUGAGUUAUAGUGGAUUAUAGUGAAGGAGUAAUGGGAGUGGAAGGAAGGUCAGGGGAGGGAAAAGUUAAAACAUGUGUAGCUAUAUUGGGAUUCCUUUUUCACGUAUAAGGGAUAAUUAGAUACUAAGCAGUUUACCCUUGUAUGUGGCUGAUAAUGAAUCUGUCCCUAUAUCGAUCAUCUUUCUGAAUUACUUUGUUUUACAAGUAAGGGACAUUCAAGACAAACAUUAUACCCUCAUCAAUGCCUUCCAACGUAUGUACGAAUGGUAACUUUUUUUUAAACUACCAUUUCAUCACCUAGCAAUAGUUCACAUACACGUAACACUUACCUUGGAGGCUGUGGUGGUGUCUUUGAUGCAGCAGAUUAACACAAACAUUAUACCCUCAUCAAUGCCUUCUAAUGUCUGUAAGAAUGGUAUUUUUAUUAAACUAUCAUUUUUUCACCUAGCAAUAGUUCACAUACACGUAACACUCACCUUGGAGGCUGUGGUGGUGUCUUUGAUGCAGCAGAUUAACACAAACAUUAUACCCUCAUCAAUGCCUUCUAAUGUCUGCAAGAAUGGUAUUUUUUUUUUUAAACUAUCAUUUUUUCACCUAGCAAUAGUUCACAUACACGUAACGCUCCCCUUGGAGGCUGUAGUGGUGUCUUUGAUGCA